GCCUGGAGUGAACUACCAAUAAGGACUCCGACUGUCAACGGAGGAUGUCUGUGGCGCAGCGCAGAGAAAUUGUCUAAACCUAUCCAAGAUACCUGUAGCAACUGUAAAAGUGUUGUUGUCGCAUCGGUGUAAAGAUCUCAUCAUUUUUUUUGUUAUAAGCAAUUGGAACAGAUAUAACAUUUACACACAUUCCCAUACAACAUCACCGUGCGCUGAUGGACAAUUACGCGCAGAAGUUGCGGUGCGUAAUCAUGAUAAUCAUUGCGGAUGGCUGUGUUUCAUGUUCUUGGAUUAUGCGUACAAGCUUGUUAUGAUACCACCUUUCCUUCGUCUACAGUGGAGAAGAAAAGUAACAAAGGGACGCACAUGAUGAGAAGCGCGGGGUUGUUGCUUGGCUACUUUUUGGUGAAAGUUCUUGUAUGCGACGCGGAGGGGGAGCCAGGGCAGAAGCUAGACGGCUUUAUUAUGGUACAAACGGGUACCAACGAGUCAAAAUUGAACGGAAAGAAUAGCGUUUCGGAGAGUCCCCAUACAGAGGACAGGUGCCGGGGUUAUUACGAUGUGAUGGGCCAGUGGGAUCCGCCGUUUGUGUGCCAGACGGGCAGUUACCUGUACUGCUGCGGGACCUGUGGCUUCAGAUUCUGCUGUGAGUUUACAAGCUCGCGGCUGGACCAGACCACCUGCAAAAACUAUGACACCCCGCCGUGGAUGAUGACAGGCAGACCCCCGCCUAAGAAAAAAGACCCCACUCACGACCCCACAAAGGAUAAAACAAACUUAAUUGUGUAUAUAAUAUGUGGAGUUGUUGCCAUAAUGGCCCUCGUUGGGAUUUUCACAAAACUUGGACUUGAAAAGGCGCACCGUCCACACAGAGAAAACAUGUCAAGGGCUCUAGCCCAGGUGAUGCGCCAGCCUGGUCCAGGAGAACACUCAGAAGACAUUGGAGUGCAUGGACAGCACUAUGACAACAUGCAAGCCAACAGGGUCCCUGCGAACAGUCUCCAGGCUAACCAGAUGAACAGUGUGGGUCCAGGAUCAUCACUAAUGCCAGGCUUAGGGUCUCCUCCCCACCCCUACCCUUCCCUGGGACAGAUCCCUAGCCCCUAUGAGCAACAGCAACCUGGGAAAGAGCUCAAUAAGUACGCCUCCCUCAAGGCUGUCGCGGAGAAGGUUAAUGACAACUUCUACAGCAACCGGCGGCACAUGGUAGAGAUGGCAGCCAAGGGCAGUCUCCCUAUGCACCCGAUGCAUCGCAUAGAGCAGGAGCCCAGCAACCCCUACAGCCCUCCCUUACAGCCUUCCCUAAAGCAGAACGGACACAAGUCCAAAAGCACCAAGGGCCACAGCAGCCACAGCAGCAGCUCCCAUACCCUGGCCUAUGGCUCCAAUACAAUCACUAACCCAGGGAUGCAGAAGAACUGGGACGGCUCAGAGACGGUUGGCCGCCGGCAGAGCCACGGCACUAAGAAACACUGCACCAUAGAGCAGGUGAACGAGAUGCACAGCACCUCGCGCAGCCAGCACUACAUGCCUCCGCAGCCCUACUUUGUCAGCAACAGCAAGACAGAAGUGACUGUCUGAUCUGAGAACCCACCCCACCACCAUAACCACUAUAACCCCAGCUGUAAGAAAGAGAGAUCGAGAGAGAGAGCGAGAGAGAGAGAGAGAGAGAGAGAGGGAGAGAGAGAGAGAGAGAGGCUGAAGUAGGACAGCGGUCCUAGACUGAGUGCACCUCUCUAUGGGUGCUGUGUGUCUACUAAUGUGUGUGGCUGACUGUGCAUGUGACAGGCAUGUGUGGGACUCCUGCCAGUCGGAGGAGAGUGACCCGAACAACAUACUCCAAACCUCCAAGUUUUCGGUCACCACUGUAUUGAUGAUUAUAUUGCAACUAAUACAAACAAAUCAUAUACUGCAAGUCAGACUAACAUCAGUGAGCAGAGCAUAGUAAUGAUUGACCACUGAUGGACAGAUUAGCCAGGAUGAGUCUGGAGCCAUGCAGCGGUGGAAGAGACUGGAACUGGACAAAAGCCCAGUGGCAAUAGACUUUUCCUAUUGUCAGUAUUAACUGAGAUCUCAAAGGGCCUGAAAAUGUGUAUCAUCUCAUGUAGUUUCCACUGAAUCUGCCUUGGAUAAGCCAGUGGGUUUGAACUAGACGCAGUGGAGCAGAGGAGUGGAGCAGAGGAGUGGAGCAGAGGAGUGGAGCAGAGGAGUGGAGCAGAGGAGUGGAGCAGCCGAUAGUAAAGGGAUACAUUGUUCUCCUCAACAUUGAUUGACAUUUCCUCAGAUGUUGUGUAGUGUAUAUACUGUGCGGGGACUUGUUGGUAAUGCUCAUGCUCGGGAACCUCAGGCUCAUGAUUACAUCGAUAGGGAAACAGUAACCAUUUCAGAUAUGGACUGUAUAUUCUCCUUCAGAAACUACAGAGCAUGAGGUGGAUGAGACUGCACCAAACCAGUUCUGUAGCCACAACGUUACACACACCCUACUCUGCUCUCUCUGGUGUUAGGGCUGUGCCUUUCUCUGAGGAAACUAUGAAAUACUGUUCAAAUCAAAGAGCUCGUCUUAUAAACCACUGCAUAAGUUGUGGAAUUUAUUUAAAUGUCUUCAUCUUGCAAACAGGUCCACAGCUGUCAGUUGAAAACGGUGAGUUGCAUCUAUCACUUAAACAUUCUUUAUUUCUGUUUCCAUUCGACAAUGCAUUGUGUGUGUGUUUACCUUGGUACCUUAGAACAAUGAUAGAGAAAACACAGAAGGAAUUGUGUCCUUUCCAUACAUGUAAUGUCACUGCCAAUAAAUGAGUGAAUAUAUUGCCUAUAAUUCCAAAAUUGAUUAGUAUGGGAUUAAUAUUGUGCAGUGGUACCUGUUUCUCACCCACCUCCAUCAAUACUACCAAAUCUUUACAUGGCCUAGAGCCAGGCCCCAAGCUCAGACUGUUGUGGCAGUAGAAAACUACUGAGGGCUCCUUUACGGCUACCCAGAGAGUUGAUAAAGGGUUGUGGAUGUUCCUGAAACAGCCAUGAAAGGUAAAGCCUGGGUAAAUAGAGUGGAUGGAUUUAAUGUAGUAUGAGAUCAACCCCUGGAUUAAGACAGACAAGGUCCUCUGAAAUCACCAUGAGUUGAUGUCAUUGCAUGCACAAAUCAAACUUUAACUAUCUGUGAAAUAGAAAUUGCAAUACAUUAUGUACUAAUUAUUGACUAAAAAAAGUAUUAUUUGUUUCUUUUUUUUCUUAUUAUUAUUUAAAAAAGAAAAUCUAAAUUUUCAUCAACUUUAUAAGUUAUACACAUAAAAAUAAAAUGUGUUCAUUUUGAAUAUCGGGAGUAGCCUACUAAAACAUCUGAGAGUACGCAUGUACAAACACACAGGUCAAGAUGUGCCUGUCUUUUCCAUUGGGCUAGUUGUGCAUCAUCAGAUGAAAAAUAGUAAAUUUUUCUCCCAACACUCCAUUCUUGGGAGCCCACACGAGCAACACAGUGCAUUAGCAUGCCACACUUACCAAAAAAAGCUUUUUAAAUAAAGGGCUUCUGAUGCAAUUUGCCAUGUGUUGCGUUUGUCACUGCCCACUGAUUUAAGAGCAGCCCACACUUUGUCCGUAUGUCUUAAUCAUGUCUCUCAACUUUCCAUGGCUUUCCACUGUCCAUUUGUCUGUCUACUAGUGACAAAGUGGCUCUAAUGGCUGGAGGAGUGACAGCCAGCAGCUUGACGCUCAUUCUCUUACUCACCACAUGAGAUCUGGUCAGAAUAGACGUGAGUCACAUUCCCUGCUCUUAGAACUUUGGAAAGCAUUAGAGGUGGACAAAAAGUGUUUAUUUUGUGGUUGGUACAGUAUGAAAAAACACAAGUCGACAUUUUUGGAUUAGACUAAGGGAACAAUCCUCAAUACUGAUUUGCUAAGGCCUACUAUACAAUAAGUGCUUGUAUUUUUAACCUCAUUUGAACCAGAUAUGUAUUGUAUAGUCAGGCACACAACUAUAUGUUUUGAGUGUGUUAUCACAUUGUCAGUGAAACGUAAUGUACCAAUACUAUAGAUUGCUGCUAUAUGCUAACAACCAAGGCACCAUCUCCCAUUUCCCAUAAUGAAUAUGUUCAAACCUUUAUUUUGCUAUUGCUUGACGUAACUCACAGUCACACAAACUGCAACACGUUGUAUUGUUGUUUCAUCACACACGCCACUUGUAUGUAGAAUUGUCUAGACUAGACUCGUCAUAUGUGCCGUUUUUGGCAUAUAUGCAACGCAUAUCAGUUCAACAUUUGCACCAAUAAGACAGAAGACUUCAGAAUACCAAUGUGCGUGAAGUGAUGCAAAAAAAAGGUACACAUGUAUGUAUUUGGGUCUGACAUUUAUCUAUACAAAACAAUGUCCGACAAUAAAAAUGGCAAGGAAAAGUACUGCAAAUUUGCAUUGAUUGCAAAAGGGCUGAUUCUUUAGGUCAUAAAUAUAGAGACAUAUUUAGUAUGGCUGUCCAGUACAUAGUUAAGGUGAUGUUUUGGUAGGGCCAUAGAAUAAGUCUGUGCCUUGUGUCCAAAUGAAAUGUGCACCUGAUUUAAUUGUCCAAAUACUGACUGGUCUAGGAACAGAUUGAUGCAUAAUAUUAUACUGUAUAGCAUGAUAUGAAAUCACUGUUCCACUUCAAAGGACCCUCUCAAUAUCAAUAUCAUAUCCAACAAGAGUUCAUUUUUUAAAACUAUAAUCACCAGAUAAUGUGUCUGGUUUCUCAGUGUUAAAACAUGUGCAGAAGUCCACAGCUCCAUUGAUUGUAGAUAGAGUGCACCUAUUAUACUGUAUGCAUCCACAGUGCAUUGAAGAUAUUUUGUCAUCAUUUUAGUCAUGGAGGGAACCUACAGUAACACUUGUAUGUGUAGUAGUGAAGUAUAACUCCCUCACUCAAAUAGCUUCCACUGAUAUAAUAGCAUAAAACAUGUACAUGACGUGUAGAUUGACGUUCCAGCUGACUGGUCAUCAUGCUACAUAAUGGCAUACUGUAAAGUAAUAACACAAUGGCCAUUGAUUCUAAAUCAUGCUCUAUGAAAUUAUGUAACUAUUUACAUUCAAACUUUGCUCAUUUCUCAAUCUAAAUAAAAACAUUAUUUACCUAAUCCGCAUUGAACUAAAUUGUGCCCCUGGCUGAGGCUGAAUUGCAUUCAUGAUGCAGCUAGUGGUCUUGGUUCCAACCUUUAGGAGUGGGAAGACGAUGGUGCUCUUUGUCAGUGGAUCAUGUUAUUCGUGAAGCACAACUUAUUUUGUAUUCUAACAAAAUGAAAUAUUACUUGUCAUAUAUGUAUGUGCAAGUUGGGAAGAGGAAACUCCAUUGUAUUGUACACUUCUAAAAUCAUA